AUGGAUGCAAAUUUGCAGAUGAUCAACCAUGGCUUCAAAUAUCAACACUCAUUCGUCGAUGAAACAGUGGGCCUUGCACAUUAUUAUGGCCACAUUGAGUUACAGUUCACAUCUAGCAGUCCUCAAGAUGAAACCUCAAGGGUUCAAUAUGGCUCCUUGACUCCACCUUAUAGCGAUGGGCUACUUGACUCCCUAGCAGAUGGUCAUGAAAGGUUUAAUUUCACAUUUCACGCGAGUCCACCUUCACAGGCGCCUUACUUGGCUCCAGCCUUCCAUCCAAAUACAAAUUAUCCGGAUCGCAAAUCUACAGGAUUGCUCAGCUUUGACACUUUGACUCAAGAGCAUCUUUCAGAGACUCCAGCCUUUUUGUCUGCAGAUUCGUCUAUUUCAGAUCAACAAGAGGUCAAAGAGGCAUAUCUUAUGAGAACGUCACUUUGCUACGGUGGCUCCUUAUAG